AACGGCAAUAUUUAAGCUCAAUAGAUGUUACGUGUUUAUUUAAGAAACAUGUAACUUUCCCUUUUUCUUUUUUUCUUUUUUCUUUUUGCCGUUAAAAACAAAAUGGUACACGACGAUUUGCGCGUGGAGUGGAUCCGCCAGAGGGUCACAGCCCAGUUCAACCUGGCAAAGUCCCCCGAAUGUUUCGAUGAGCUGCUCGGUCGUGGAGAGGGCGAGGAAGAAGAGAAAAUCGUCCGCUUUCUGAACUUCGUCUCCGACGAGGCCUCGGCGCUGUGCCUCCUGUUUUUUGAAACGAUUAUAGAGGAAGAAGUUGAAGUUGAAGUCCCUCUGAAGAAAGAAUACGAAGACUCCUCAGAUCCUGACCAGACAGACGCGUGUGAAACGAAGACAACGCCUGACCCAGAGGAGACAGACGAGGAAAUCCAAACAACUGAAGUGAAACUGGUCAGGCACACUGAGCUUCAUGUGGCUGUAAACCAGUACUCAGAGAAAUUUUUGAAAUCACGGGUCUCCUACUUUAUCAGAAACACUAAGGACACUAUUGUUCAGCCACAGGACAUGAAAGAGGCCAACGUCGUAAUGCCACUGCUGUUUCACAUCGGCAUGCAGAGCGGAAACCCCCUACAGGUGCUGGAGAGCAAACUCCUACAUAUGCAUAUCCCCAUGUUCACAGCCCACCAGAGGUCACAUGCUGGAGCAGGGGAUCAGAAUGAGGAGGAAUCCUCUCAGGAGAUCUUUAAAGAUGCUCUGGAGGAGAGUUCAGUUAAGUCAAGCAGGAAAUUCCCCUUACGGGAUGAACUGCUCAACUGGACGCACAAGUUUUUGGGAGUGGUCAGUUCAACUCUCCAGCGUCUUCAGAUAGAAGAUGAGACGACACUGAGAAUCCCUGAUGUGGACCUGGAGCCAGAGGUGGACGCGCUGCUUACUAACCCAGAGACGUUAGAGGCAUUGGAGCAGGCCGUGAUGAACUGGCAGACUCAGAUCACCAUUGCAAUCGAGGAACAGCAUGACAAAAAACCACAGGGGCCGGGGCCUAUGGCUGAGCUCGAGCUCUGGCAGGAGCGGACGUCUGUCCUCAACGCUCUGAACGAGCAGCUCAAACAUCCCGCAGCAGAGAAGGUCCUCAGGGUGAUGAACAAAGCAAAUGCGGCCUGCGUUCACACGCUGAACGGAACAGUUGCUGAGCUCAGAAAAUACCUCAUGGAGUCACAUGACAAUAUACGCUUCCUUAGAACGCUGGAGAGGCACUUCAUGAAUUUGGCUGCUGGAGCGAACUUUGAUAUGAUCCUGGAGACCAUCCCUCAUCUCAUGGAGAGCUUGCAGAUUGUGUGGGUCCUCUCUCUCCACUACAACUCAAGCAAAAGAAUGGUCCCUCUAAUGGAGCGUAUCGCCUGGCAGCUGUGUGAGCGGGUGGCUCAAGGAGUCGACGUCCACGUAAUAUUCAAAGAAAACAGGGAAGGGGCCAAGUCGAAGGUGCUUGAAGCCAAGCAGGUUCUGGAACAGUGGAAGGCGUCGUAUUUUGAGAUACGGGCUCGAAUUGAGAAGUUAGGCCGAGCCCCUCGGUGGGAGUUUGAUCGUAAACGACUGUUUGAGAGGUCCGAUUACAUGGCGUCAGUCUGCCAGGACCUGGGUAGGGUUUUUCAGGUGUUGGAGGAGUUCCACAACAUCUUUGGCCCAGAACUGAAGGGAGACAAACGUGUUCACAAGGUGCUAAAUAACGUGGACGACCUGGUUUUGCCCUUUCAGGACGUCAACUUCAAUCCUUUCAGCAUAUCGAAGAAAAACAACUGGAAAAUGAUUGUUCAAGAGUUCGAAAAUACAAUUAAGGCUAUCGACGAGCAGGUCAUCAACUUCAUCGAUUUGACGUUUAAGACCCUGCACUCCUCAGCUGCUGCCUAUGAAAUGCUGCAGAAGUUCCAGAAAAUCCACACCAGGAGGGCCAUCAACGACCACUUGAUGAGAAAGUCUAACGAUAUCCUGACCCAGUACUGCAAAGAGGUGGAUAGCAUCCAUGAUAUCUUUGAAGAAGAGAAGGACAAACCUCAUCUGACCAAAAACGAGCCUCCUGUCGCUGGAGCUAUAAGAUGGGCCCGGGCUCUCGUCCACCGCAUCAAACAGACCAUCCUCCCCUUCCUGAAAGUACCGGAGAUGCUCAGCAGUGAACAGACCUUGAAGGCCAAAGACAAGUAUGUAGAAAUGGCAAUGCGUCUCAGAGACUAUGAGGUGAAGAAGUACGAGUGUUGGCUGCAAGAGACGGAGGGCAAGUUAUCAUCACUAAUGAAAAAAAAACUGUUGAUUUCUGAAGAAACCAGAGAGACGGACUUGAAAACAGCUGAAACAGGCCAGAAUAAGAAUGUGCGAUACUUGGUGAACUUUGAUCCAGAAAUCAAGCAAAUCAUUUCUGAAGCAAACUACCUGGUAUCCCUGGGCUUCUUUGUGCCUCAGUCGACUGAAAACGUGGCUCUUCAACAGAACAAUCUCAUCAGGUAUGUGGACGAUCUGAACAAACUGGUCAGCCGGUAUCAGUCUGUGAUGGAAAGCCUGAGCGAGGCUCAUCUCGUUAUGCUGUCGCCACAAAUCCAAGACGUCAAAAAAGAGAUGCAGUAUGGAUGCAAAAGACUCAACUGGAAUUCUUUGGGGAUACCUGACUUCAUCAGCCGAGGUCUGCAGACCGUCUCUAAGUUUGAUUCUCUGGUCAGGCAGAUUACCAACAACGAGAAGGAAAUAGAAUCCAAGCUACAUAUGAUAACAAUGGGCAAUUUAUUAAAAUUCCCAGUACCAGACACCUCAAGUGACUUACCAGGUCUCAAGGAGUUCUGCAGACGCAUUGAGAGCGAGCGGGUCAAGACGCUGGCUUUACUCGUUAGUAAAUACACGGACAUAGGUUUCCUCAUCACUAAGACAGAACAUUUGAUCCUGGAAACCAGCAGCGGCAAAGCCCAGUGCAUGGCAACAUACUACGUGCAGUGGGAGCGUAAAGUGUUUGACUCCCUGGUAAAGAUGGUGCUGAGGAGUGUUAAGGAGUUCGACGCAGCGCUGAUGGGAAGCAGACCUCUGUUCCAAAUUGAUGCCAUCCUGUCUGCCCCCAAGAUCGUGUCACAGCCCCAAAAUAAUGAGAUCUACUGGCUGAUCAUGCAGUCCAUCAGAGAAUGCAUAGAGAGCACCAAACGGUUUCCACGUUGGUUGCACGGGACGUGCAUCGAAUGUCCGCCCCAACAAGUGGACGGUGAGGAUGAGUUGGUAACCAUUUCCUUCCUCAGCGACAUCUGGGUGGACCCUUCCAUAAAUGAGAGCGCUAGGGCAAUUUCUGAAAACAUCAAGAGGCUGCUUCUCUCUGUGGAUCAGUACCUAAACUGGUGGAAACACUAUCGUCCCCUUUGGGAAAAGAACCAAACCAUCGUCAACGAAACGUUUGCAGCGAAGAAGCCCUCCUGUGCUAUGUACGAUGAUAAGCUGCAGUUCCUUGCUCACAUAAAACACAAAGUCAUGCAGGAGCCUCGGAGCAGCACCAAGAACAGCAUCUAUCUGAACCUGGAACCACUGGUGAACACACUGCAGGAACUUGCCGAGUCUUGGAUCAAUUCACUUAGUAGCUUGCUAAACAAGCCUGCUAAAGAAGAUCUCUUCAACUUGAGGGAUGAGCUCAUGCAAUUCGCCAAGAAGCUGAAGACCAGCCCUGACACAUUUGAAGACCUGAAGAGCGUGUUGUCCACCAUAUCUGACAUCAAGAGCAUGUCUUUAGAGGUGGAAAUCAGAUUCACGGAUAUCCAGGAACGAUACAGAACCCUGGCCAUGCACAAUGUGAUGGUUGGCGAGGAUGAAAAGGAGCUAGUGGCCAAAAUUGAGAAAAUGUGGAAUGAUCUGUUUGUCGAAGCAAGAGAAGUGGAUCAGAGUUUAACAGAUGUGAAGAAGUCAUUUACCGAGAUUACAAAGAAGAACGUUGAAGAGUUUAAACAAGAAUUGGUUAUUUUUGCUGAAAGCUUCAACAUCCAUGGUCCUGGAGCUGUGGGAGAUAAUUUGGAUGAAGGGCUAACGAUAAUGGCCAAGUAUGAGGCGGAUCUCGCCAAAAUAGAGGCAGAAAGACAGGAACUGGCCAAUGCUGAAAAGCUGUUAGACCUGCCAGUCACCAUGCACCCAGACGCUACCAGGAUUCAGAAAGACAUGAAGGGAUUAAGACAGAUAUACGAUGUCUAUCAAGCCCAGAAGAAUGCUAAAGCACAGUGGUCUCAGACUUUGUGGGUAGAUUUGGACAUCCAGGUGCUACAGGAGGGCAUAGACGGUUUCCUCAAAAGAUUUAGAAAGCUGCCCAAAGAUGUGCGGGCUUUACCCGUGGCUUUCUAUCUCGACGGAUGCCUGAAGGAGUUCAAAGAAUCGCUGCCGCUUUUGCUAGACCUGAAGAACGAUGCCUUAAGAGACAGGCACUGGAAGGAGUUGAUGGAAAGGACAGGCACCAGCUUUGAGAUGAAUCCUGAGAACUUCACCCUGGAGAACAUGUUCGCUAUGGAGCUGCAUAAAUAUGCAAACGUCAUAGGGGACAUCGUCACCGCUGCUGUUAAAGAGCUCAGUAUCGAGAAGGGAGUGGUAGCAGUGGCCGAGACGUGGGACAACAUGAGAUUCAGUGUGCUGACGUAUUUCAAAGGCACCCAGGAGCACGGUGUUAUUCUAGGUGCCGUAGACGAGAUCCUGCUGAGUGUGGACAACGAUGUGAUGAACUUACAGAGCAUGGCUGGCAGCCGUUUUGUUGGCCCUUUCCUGGACAUCAUACAGCGGUGGGAAAAAGAUCUGUCUCUCAUUAGUGAGACAAUAGAGGUAUGGCUGGUGGUACAGAGAAAGUGGAUGUACCUGGAGAGCAUCUUCAUUGGUGGAGACAUUCGUUUGCAGUUACCUGAAGAAGCUAAGAAGUUCGACAAUAUUGACAAGAAGUUCAAAGAAAUAAUGAAUGACACAGUGAAGGGUCCAAACAUUAAGAAAUGCUGCUUGGCUCCCAGUCGACUAGCAGAGCUGCAGGCUUUGAGUAACGGUCUAGAGAGGUGCCAGAAGAGCCUUAAUGACUACCUGGACUCCAAGCGAAACGCAUUCCCGCGUUUCUUCUUCAUCUCCGACGAUGAACUGCUCAGUAUUCUUGGGAGCAGUGACCCCGCUUGUGUCCAGGAACACAUGAUCAAGAUGUACGACAACAUAGCCUCUCUAAAGUUUGACGUGGACAGCAGCGGGGAGACGGUAGUCGCUGCCAUGGUGUCGGCUGAGGGCGAGGUGAUGGAGUUCAGGAGCCGCGUCCCAGUGAAGGGCAGAGUGGAAGAGUGGAUGAUGGCGGUACUUCUAGAGAUGCGGAGGACCAACAGGCUCAUCACCAAGGAGGCAAUCUUCCGCUAUUGUGAAGACAGGAGUAGGGUGGAGUGGAUGCUUCUGUAUCAGGGCAUGGUGGUGCUAGCGGCAAAUCAAGUGUGGUGGACCUGGGAGGUCCAAGACGUCUUCAAAAAGGUGAAGAAAGGUGAAAAAUAUGCUCUGAAGAACUACGCCGAAAAGAUGCACCGCCAGAUCGAUGAACUGGUUACAAGCAUCACGCAGCCUCUGAAGAAAAAUGACAGACGGAAGAUUAACACUGUGCUCAUCAUCGACGUCCAUGCCAGAGACAUCGUGGACAGUUUUGUGGACAACAGCAUAAUGGAUGCCCAAGAGUUUGAGUGGGAAAGCCAGCUGAGGUUCUACUGGGUCCGGGAACACGACGACUUGUUUGUGCAUCAGUGCAGUGCCUCGUUCUCUUACGGCUACGAGUACAUGGGGUUGAACGGCCGACUGGUUAUAACCCCGCUCACAGAUAGGAUCUACCUCACCCUUACGCAGGCCCUCUCUAUGUACUUGGGCGGAGCUCCUGCUGGACCGGCUGGUACAGGAAAAACAGAAUCCACCAAAGAUCUGGCUAAGGCUUUAGGCCUGCUGUGUGUGGUUACAAACUGCGGUGAAGGCAUGGACUACAUGGCUGUCGGGAAGAUCUUCUCCGGCCUCGCCCAGUGUGGCGCUUGGGGCUGCUUCGAUGAGUUCAAUCGUAUAGAUGCCUCCGUGUUGUCAGUUAUUUCUUCGCAAAUGCAGACCAUACGCAAUGCUCUGAUUUUACACUGUAAACGGUUUCAGUUUGAGGGGCUAGAGAUCAGCCUGGACGACCGCAUGGGCAUCUUUAUCACUAUGAACCCCGGUUACGCAGGACGCACAGAGCUCCCGGAGUCCGUCAAAGCCCUCUUCAGGCCUGUGGUUGUGAUUGUACCUGACCUACAACAGAUCUGUGAGAUAAUGCUCUUCUCUGAGGGAUUCCUCAUGGCCAAGGUGCUUGCAAAGAAGAUGACAGUGCUGUAUAAGUUAGCACGUGAGCAACUAUCCAAGCAGUCUCAUUAUGAUUUUGGUCUACGGGCUCUGAAGUCUGUGCUGGUGAUGGCAGGAGAGUUGAAGAGAGGCUCACCUGACCUGAAUGAGGACGUGGUGUUGAUGCGUGCUCUCAGAGACAUGAACCUGCCAAAGUUUGUUUUUGAGGAUGUCCCUUUGUUCCUUGGGCUGAUCUCUGACCUUUUCCCUGGACUCGACUGCCCGCGUGUUCGCUACCCUAACUUCAACGAUGCGGUUGAGCAGAUACUGGAGGACAACAAAUAUCUUAUCCUACCUAUCCAGGUGGAUAAAGUAGUGCAGAUGUAUGAGACGAUGAUGACCAGGCACACUACUAUGGUUGUGGGCCCAACUGGUGGUGGGAAAUCUGUUGUGAUCAGCACGCUGUGUCACGCUCAGACCAAAAUGGGGCUGCACACGAAGCUGUAUCCUCUCAACCCUAAAGCCAUGAGCGUCAUUGAACUUUAUGGAAUUCUUGACCCAGACACCCGAGACUGGACUGAUGGGAUUUUAUCCAACAUCUUCCGGGAUAUCAACAAGCCUACUGACAAAAAAGAGAGAAGGUACAUCCUGUUUGAUGGGGACGUGGACGCCCUUUGGGUAGAGAAUAUGAACUCGGUAAUGGACGACAACAAGCUCCUGACGCUAGCUAAUGGAGAACGGAUCCGCUUACAGAGUCAUUGUGCCAUGCUGUUUGAGGUCGGCGAUCUGCAGUAUGCCUCCCCUGCUACCGUGUCUCGCUGUGGGAUGGUUUUCGUUGACCCAAAGAACUUGCGAUAUAGCCCAUACUGGCAAAGAUGGGUGGUCAGCAGACCUGAGAAGGAGCAAGAGAUUCUUAAUGGACUGUUUGAGAAAUAUGUGCACAGCUGUAUUGACAUGAUCGUAGACGGUGUUGUUGAUGGUAAACAGGGACAGAAAUUGGAAACUGUGGUCCCUCAGACAGACCUGAAUAUGGUCACUCAGUUAUGCUCGACACUGGAUGCACUGCUGGAGAGUGACAACAGCAGUGCUGAUGUCUUGGAGUGUUACUUCCUGGAAGCUCUGUACUGCUCACUGGGAGCCACGCUGUUGGAAAGUGAUAGGAUCAAGUUUGAUGAGUUUGUCAAAAAGCUUUCCUGCUUAACUACCGUGCACGAAGAAAAAACCCUGGCUGGGCCUGGUGAGAUCCCAGGAUACCUCCCAACUCUGUUUGAUUUCCAUUAUGAUGGGACUCAGAGGAAGUGGGUUCCCUGGAGUUCCCUGGUCACCAAAUACACUCACAACCCUGAUAUGAAGUUUGUUGAUAUCCUAGUGCCAACUAUUGACACCACAAGAGCCGGCUGGAUCUUGGAACAGAUGGUGAAGAUAAAGAGACCAGUGUUACUUGUUGGAGAAUCCGGCACUUCGAAGACUGCCACCAUUCUUAAUUUUUUGAAGAAUGUCAAUCCUGAUACUUGGAUUAACCUGAUCAUCAACUUUUCAUCAAGAACAACUUCUAUGGACCUGCAGAGAAACCUAGAGGCCAAUGUGGAAAAAAGAACCAAAGAUAUAUAUGGUCCAACAAUGGGGAAGAAGCUACUGAUAUUUAUGGAUGACAUGAACAUACCAAAGGUGGAUAAUUAUGGGACACAACAGCCUAUUGCACUUCUAAAGCUGCUGCUGGACCGAGGCGGCAUUUAUGACAGAGGAAAAGAACUGAACUACAAAAUCCUUAAAGACCUCGUCUUUAUUGCUGCCAUGGGAAAGGCGGGAGGUGGAAGGAAUGAGGUGGAUCCACGCUUCCUCUCGCUCUUCAGUGUCUUCAGCAGCCCCUUUCCAACAAUGGAGUCUCUCCACCUCAUCUACGCCUCUAUUAUCAAAGGCCACACCAAACUCUUUGAGGAUGCCAUUCAGAAGAUGUGUGAUAAAGUCACAGAUUGCACCCUGGAACUCUACAACCUCAUCAUCAAGGAUCUUCCGCCGACCCCUUCCAAGUUCCACUACAUCUUCAACCUGAGGGACUUGUCAAGAGUCUACAACGGACUGAUUCUCACCAAACCAGACACAUUUUUGACCGUCGCUCAGUUUGUGCGCGUCUGGAGAAACGAGUGCUUGAGAAUCUUCCAUGACAGACUCAUCGACGAAACUGACAAAACGUUGGUCCAAGGUCACAUAAAGAAUCUGGUUGAAGAACAUUUUAAGUCAGAAAUGGAGGCCGUGAUGAGCGACCCGAUACUUUUCGGCGACUACAGGACGGCUCUCAGUGAAUGUGAACCCAGAGUUUACGAGGACAUCCAGGACUAUGAUUCCUCAAAAGCAAUGUUUGAGUUAAUACUUGAGGAGUACAAUGAGAACAAGACGAGGAUGAACCUUGUACUAUUCGAUGAUGCUCUGGAACACCUGACCCGGGUUCACCGUAUCAUCCGCAUCGAUCGAGGCCACGCACUGCUCGUCGGAGUGGGGGGCUCUGGCAAACAGUCGCUCACCAAGCUUGCUGCUUUCGCUGCUGGCUGUGAGGUGUUUGAGAUAACGCUUAGCAGAGGAUACAAUGAGUCCAACUUCCGAGAAGAUUUGAGAGCCCUGUACUUGAAGCUCGGCAUUGAAAACAAGAAGAUAGUUUUCCUCUUUACGGACGCUCAUGUUGCUGAGGAGGGCUUCUUGGAGCUAAUUAACAACAUGCUCACCUCCGGCAUAGUUCCUGCGUUGUUCCCCGAUGAUGAGAAGGAGUCCGUUCUCAACGAGCUUCGCGAUGAGGCUCUGAGAAUGGGAUCGGGUCCUUCCAAAGAGAGUUUGUGGCAGUACUUUGUCAACAAGAGUGCUAACAAUCUGCACAUUGUUCUGGGCAUGUCUCCAGUGGGAGACACCCUGAGGACACGCUGUAGGAACUUUCCAGGACUGAUGAACAACACUGUGAUCGACUGGUUCCUGCCAUGGCCUCCACAAGCAUUGCAAGCGGUGGCUCACUCUUUCCUUGGUGAAAAUCCAAUGAUCCCUAAUGCCCACUGUGAAGCAGUUAUAGAUCACGUUUGCAUGGUUCAUACCUCCGUGGGUGGCUACAGCAAGCUAUUCCUGCAAAAGCUUAGACGAUGUAACUACGUCACCCCAAAGAACUACUUAGACUUUAUUAACACCUACUGUAAUCUUUUGGAGGAAAAAGACAAAGGCAUUUUAGGUCAGUGCAAGCGUUUAGAAGGUGGACUGGAUAAACUGAAGGAAGCAAGUGAACUGCUGGCUGAACUAAACGUGAAGCUUGCAGAUCAGAAGGUGGUCCUCGCAGAAAAGGCGAUAGCUUGUGAAUCCCUGCUUAAAAACAUUGCCACAAAUACAAGUAUAGCCGAGGAGAAAAGGGUCCUGGCCGAAGACAAAGCUAAAGAGAUCGAGGAACAAAACAAAGUCAUAGCUGUGGAAAAGACAGAUGCUGAAAGUUCCUUGGCUGAAGCUUUGCCGGCGUUAGAGGCAGCCCGUCAUGCCCUGCAAGACCUGGAAAAAUCAGACGUCACUGAGAUACGGUCGUUUGCUAAGCCACCUAAACAAGUGCAAGUGGUUUGUGAGUGCAUUCUGGUGCUGCGUGGCUACAAAGAAAUCAGCUGGCAGUCAGCCAAGGGGAUGAUGUCUGAAGCCAACUUCCUUCGCUCCUUAAUGGAGAUGGACUGUGAUGCCAUAACUAAUACCCAGGUCAGGACAGUCAAAGGCUUCCUGAAGAGCCUACAGACAAGCCUUGAGGAAAUGCAAGCCAUCAGCAAAGCCGGCUCAGGGAUGCUCAAGUUUGUGGAAGCGAUCAUGGGCUACUGUGAAGUCGCCAAGGAAAUUAAACCCAAGAGAGAGAAAGUGGCUCGUCUUGAAAAGGAUUUCUUUCAGAGCAAGAAGGAACUGGAGCGCAUUCAAAAUGAGCUUCGAGAUAUCCAGACAGAGCUGCAAGGUCUUAAAGAGAAGUACGAGUCGGCUAUCCUGGAAAAGCAGAUGCUGCAGGAAGAGGCUGAAGUCAUGGAGAGGAGGCUUAUAGCCGCGGACAAACUCAUCUCUGGCCUGAGCUCGGAAAAUGAACGAUGGACGACAGAACUGGACGAGUUGAAGCAAAGGCGUGUGCGCCUCCUGGGAGACUGCCUGGUCUCUGCUGCUUUCCUGAGCUACGAAGGAGCCUUCAGCUGGGACUUCAGGAAUGAAAUGGUGUACCAAAUAUGGGUUGAGGAUGUGAAGAAGAGAGACAUCCCCUUGAGUCAGCCGUUCAAAGUGGAAAGCCUUCUUACUGAUGAAACAGAGAUCAGCAGAUGGGGCUCUGAGGGUUUACCCCCCGAUGAGCUGUCUGUGCAGAACGGAAUCCUGACAACCGCAGGGAGUCGAUUUGCGUUGUGCAUUGAUCCUCAGCAGCAAGCAUACAACUGGAUAAAGAAGAAAGAAGAAAAAAACAAUCUCAAGGUCUCGUCUUUCAAUGAUCCGGACUUCUUGAAACAGCUGGAGAUGGCCAUUAAGUAUGGUUGUCCCUUCCUUUUCCAAGAUGUAGACGAGUACAUCGACCCGGUAAUUGACAAUGUUCUGGAGAGAAAUGUGAAAGGAGUCGAGGGCAGACAGGUCAUCAUGCUGGGUGACAAGGAGGUGCAUUAUGAUCCCAACUUUAAACUGUAUCUCAACACCAAAUUGUCUAACCCCAAAUAUACACCAUCGGUGUUUGGAAAAUCCAUGGUCAUCAACUACACCGUGACACUUAAAGGUCUGGAAGACCAGCUCCUGAGCGCCAUCAUGGGCUUUGAGAAGAGGGAACUGGAGGAGCAGCGCGAGCGUUUAAUCCAAGAGACCAGUGACAACAAGAAGCUGCUGAAAAACCUUGGAGAUUCGCUGCUUAGAGAGCUAGCCACAUCUACAGGCAACAUGCUGGAUAACACAGAGCUUGUUCAGACUCUAGAGGAAACAAAGCUGAAAUCCAGUGAGGUAUUUGAGAAGCUCAAGCUGGCCCAGAAGACAUCGUUGGACAUCGAUCAACUCAGAGAUGGCUACAGAGCGGCAGCAAAGCGCGGCGCCAUCCUGUUCUUCGUACUGACAGACAUGGCUCUGGUCAACAGCAUGUACCAAUACUCGCUAGCAUCGUACCUGAAAGUUUUUGAAUUGUCUCUGCGAAAAUCGAGGCCUGAUGCUGUCCUUCACAAAAGGCUCCAAAACAUCAUCAAGACUCUGACAUACAACGUCUACAACUAUGGCUGUACAGGGCUGUUUGAGAGACACAAGUUGCUCUUUUCUUUCAACAUGACAAUCAAGAUCGAACAGGCAGAAGGAAGGGCACCCCAGGAGGAGCUUGAUUUUCUUCUAAAAGGUAAUCUAUCUCUGGAAAAAAGCACUAAAAAGAAGCCAUGCGACUGGCUUCCUGACCAGGGCUGGGAGGAUGUGGUCAAACUCUCAGAGCUCUUUCCUGAUCAGUUUGGCUCUCUGCCCGACGACAUUGAGAGAAAUUCCACUGACUGGACAUCUUGGUACGAUUUGGACGCACCAGAACAGGCUCCGUUUCCCAUGAAAUACAACGAGAACCUCUCACCCUUUCAGAAGCUGCUGUUACUGCGCUGCUUCCGCGUCGACAGAGUCUUCAGAGGUGUGACUGACUACAUCAGUGUGACCAUGGGCGAGAAAUAUGUUCAGCCUCCUGUGAUCAGCUUUACAUCAAUUUACGAACAUAGCACUCCUUUUUCUCCCAUCGUUUUCAUCUUGAGCCCUGGCUCUGACCCAGCCAGCGAUCUUAUGAAACUGGCAGAGGCAUCAGGCUUUGGAGGCAGCAAGUUCAAGUUCCUUGCGAUGGGCCAGGGACAAGAGAAGGUGGCUCUAGAUCUGUUGGAGAAGGCCGCCUCUCGCGGUCAGUGGCUGAUGCUGCAGAACUGCCACUUACUGGUGAAGUGGUUGAAAGACUUGGAGAAGGCUUUGGAACGACUCACUAAGCCCAACCCCAACUUCCGCUUGUGGAUCACCACCAACCCCAUUAAGGAUUUCCCGAUUGGCAUUCUGCAAAACUCUCUGAAGGUGGUGACAGAGCCUCCCAACGGUCUCAAGCUCAACAUGAGAGCCACGUACUCCAAAAUCUCACACGAAAGCUUGACCGCCUGCCCGCACCCGGUGUUCAAAAGCUUGGUGUUCGUGCUGGCCUUCUUCCAUGCCGUGGUGCAGGAGAGGCGAAAGUACGGAACGAUUGGCUGGAACGUGCCCUACGACUUCAGCGAGUCGGACUUCUUUGUGUGUAUGGAGAUCCUGAACACCUACCUGACUAAAGCAUACGACCAGGAAGACAGCAACAUCCCCUGGGGGUGUCUGAAAUAUCUUAUCGGAGAGGUGAUGUAUGGUGGGCGAGCGAUAGAUAGCUUUGACCGCAGGAUCCUGACUGUCUACAUGGAUGAGUACCUCGGGGAUUUCCUCUUCUACACCUUCCGGCAGUUCCACUUCUUCAAAAACAAAGAUGUAGAUUACAAAAUCCCUCCGCCUGGGCCAAAGACAGUAUAUGUUGAUGAGAUUGAGAACAUGCCACUGGCGAACACACCAGAGGUGAUGGGUCUUCACUCCAAUGCAGAGAUAGGAUAUUACACUCUGGCUGUUAAAGAGAUAUGGGCUCACCUGAUAGACCUUCAACCUCAGACGAGUGAAUCUAGUGGAAGCAUUACGAGGGAAGAGCAGAUAAGCCAGGUGGCCCAGGACAUCCAGAACAAACUUCCCGAGCUGUUCGACAUGGACGUGAUUCGUAAGAAAUUCGGCACGGUCGUUUCGCCCACCUCUGUGGUUCUACUUCAGGAACUAGAGCGCUUCAACAAGCUGGUGGUCCGCAUGCAGCAGUCUUUGGCCGAGUUGCAAAGGGCCUUAGCUGGCGAGGUGGGAAUGAGCAGUGAGUUGGAUGAAGUGGCUCGGGCCCUUUUCAACGGCCACAUUCCAGCCAUUUGGAAGAAGCUGGCACCCGAGACUCUGAAGUCCCUCGGAAACUGGAUGAGCCACUUCAAGAGGCGCUACGAGCAGUAUAACUAUUGGGUAAAUGAGGGUGAGCCAAAGGUCAUGUGGCUCUCAGGACUUCACAUCCCAGAGUCCUACCUGACCGCUCUGGUUCAAGCCGCCUGCAGGAAGAACGGCUGGCCUCUGGAUCUUUCAACGUUGUAUACAGAGGUGACCCAGUACCGCAGUGAGGAUGAAAUCACUGACAAGCCCAGACAAGGCUGCUUUGUGUCUGGCCUGUACCUGGAGGGAGCAGACUGGGACAUCGAGAACAACUGCCUGAUGAGGAGUAAACCCAAAGUCUUGGUUGUUGAACUUCCCAUCAUCAGAGUCAUCCCCAUUGAGACACACCGCCUCAGGUUGCAGAACACAUUGAGGACACCAGUGUACACGACGUCUAUGCGAAGGAAUGCAAUGGGCGUCGGGUUGGUAUUUGAGGCAGACCUGUUUACAACCCUGCACAUCUCCCAUUGGGUUCUGCAGGGAGUGUGUUUGUGUCUCAACACCGACUGAAGAUCUCACUCGACCAUAACAAGAUUAGCUUCAUACCUGUGACAGGUUGAUUUGUUGACGUUUGUUCAUUCUGGCAUAUCUGAUUUCUGUUUUUUUUUUUAUUGCUAGUUAUUUGCUUCAUAACAAAUUCAUAACUCGACUUUCUAGAAAAAAAAUUGAGGUGUAGUUUAUAGUUUUACCACAAGAUGGCAGCACAGAAUACUGUUUGAUUUAUGCCCGAUUUUAUUUAUUUUUUCAUAUUUGACUUUGAUGUUACUUGAGCAAAGCUGUCACUAGACCACAUUUUAAAGUCUUUCGUCAUAUAAAACCAAGUUAGUUUUGCAAUAAACAAAUAUCAGUGAGCGGUC